UAUCACUUAUUUCAUUCAUCUCAUUUCUCUCUCUUCUUCAUCAUCCUCCAAUGGCUACUAUAACUUCCCACCUCACCAAUGUCAAAUCCACCGUUCAUUUUUCACCCAUUUCAUCAAAUCAACACCGUUCCGACGCACGACUCAAGCCCGCCACCGUCAGAAUGACCAUGACCCAACAAACUCGCAACCCACAUCUCCAUUGGGCUUCUUUGCAUGCCGACAUCGAAGCCCAUCUCAAAUCUACCAUUACACUCAAAGAACCUCUCGAGGUUUUCGAGCCCAUGCAUCACCUCAUUUUCUCCGCCCCCAAAACCACCGUGCCGGCUUUAUGCCUCGCCGCUUGUGAGCUUGUCGGCGGUCAACGCCACCAAGCCAUAUCCGCCGCUUCAGCUUUGUUACUAAUGGAAGCAGCUACUUAUGUUCACCAGCAUCUCCCACUUACAGAUAAGCCCAAGCCCGAGCCCGAGCCCGGGAUGGAUCAUGUUUACGGGCCUAACGUGGAGCUUCUAACUGGCGAUGGAAUUGUCCCGUUUGGAUUUGAACUGCUAGCUAGAUCCGACGAUGGAGAAAAUUCGGAGCGGAUUUUACGGGUGAUGAUUGAGAUCUCACGGGCUGUGGGCUCAAGAGGCGUGAUAGAGGCGCAGUACAGGAAAACAAUGGACAGAAGAUCCGACGGUGAGGAGAUAUGCCACGUGGAAGAAAUGAGGCGUGUGGUGGAGAAAUAUGAAUGUGGAAUGCAUUCGUGUGGGGCUGUAUGUGGAGGAGUGUUGGGUGGGGGAAGUGACGAGGAAAUUGAGAAAUUAAGAAAAGUUGGAUUCUAUGUUGGAAUGAUUCAAAGAAUGGCACAAAGGGGAUUCAAUGAUGGUAAGGAAUUGAAUGAAGCAAGAAAUUUGGCACUACAAGAAUUGAAGUUUUUCAAGGAUAAAGAGAUUGAUGCAUUUAAAAUGUUAUUGAAUAGUACACCCUCCGGUCACUAUUAUAAGCAAAAAAAAGAUCUAAUUCUUGGUCACUAUUAUAAGCAAAAAUUAAUUAUUACUAAAUCAUUUAAUGCUGCCACGUCCUCAGAACGGGUACGACUAGAGAGUACACUAUGGUGUGGGACAGUUACCCAAGCCGGCAAGGGUAUAUUGCCAAGUACCAGCGUGGAAUGCAUACUAGCAGCACAUGAAGGGUCAUACUAUAACUCGGACGUAACGUCUGGCUGUUACGCAUAG